AUGGCCGAUGACAAACAGCAAGACCAAAUAAACCACCCGCUCCUUGAGAAAGCCCGGAAACUCUUCGAGGCUACCAAAGAACGCUUCGGUCAAGAGUUCCCGGGGCUGGCGAAUCUCACCUGGGAGCAAGUCCGCGACAGGGUGGUCCAACAUGUGCAAGAACACCCCAAGAUGACUGCUUUCCAACUCGUGACUCUGCUCUUCCCGGGUCUGAUCGCGGGGCCCCUGUUCGCGGUAUUGGGCUUCAGCGGCGUGGGUCCGGUGGCAGGCGGCCUCGCAGCAUCGUUCCAAUCAGCGUUCGGCACGAACGCGGUCUUCUCGACGCUGCAAAGCGCUGCGAUGGGCGGCUACGGCGUUCCCGUCGUCAAUGGAAUCAUCCAGGGCGGAUCGGUGGUGGCGGGGGCUCUCACGGGGCUUUUCGCGGAUCGAGGUGCGAAUGGGACGGACGAUCGGGAUCCCACGCUGCGGGAGCAGGAGCAGGAGCAGGAACGGCGGCUAAGUGCAGCCGACGCAGAGGAAAUUGAACAGAUGAAGGCGCCGCGGAAGGAGUUGGGCGAGCUAGUGAAGGAUGAGAGCGGAGGGGGAAAGGAUGAUGAGUCAAAGACCGUGGUCUAG